CUUAGGCCACAGAAGUCGGUGAAAUUAACAGCUGCUGCCUUCUGCCAUGUCGUAAAUUGGAAGCGAUAACGAGGAGCUGUUUUGAUGUUCAGCCGAGUGUCAUCACCGAUCUGUGGCUGCGUGGAGAAGGCUGGAAGACAGCGGAGGUUGCAGUACCGUUCUGGAGCGGAAAGGAGGCUGCCUCGAGAAGGUGUUCCCGGUUCGGAGGAGGGUGGUGCAGAAGAGGAGAUACGGCCGGCGGCGGGUUCGACUUCGUCGACGGACUGCCUCGAGCGCUGCGUCGUCUGUGAUCGGACGAGGGCGAGGACGUUGCGGGCAGGGGUCAAGUGAUGCCAUCUGGAUGUUUCGAGGGCUGAUUAAGUUACACAGGGUCUUACCUAAUUUAGGAGCACGUUUGCUGCGCAACUGGGGGAAGAUAACGAGGAAGUUCUCGUUGAAGAAGCCGGGGGGGGGUGUCAUGGGGUCAGGGAGGUUGAGGAAAAGACCCGUCGGGUCGCGGGAUGCCGGCGCAAACGGAGGCAGCAGCAACCGACCAGCUGUGACUGGUCCUGCUUCUGGGGCAUCCACGUCAAAUUAUCGGCCUCCCAAUCAAGGUGGUGAUCCCUCCCCCGCUGGGUUCUCUCAGCUGCGUGCCCUGGGGGCUGCAGUAAUGGCAAGGACGAUGCCCAAUGGUCGUUCUGGUGGAUCGUCUCAAGAUCCAAGCACUCGGCAAGCGGAGCCGGGGAAGAAUGGCAGCAGCAAAUUGAAGGGCAAACGAAGAUCGGGUUCCCAUGUGCCUAAUAGCAACGGAGGCUCGAAUGGUGCUGCUGAGGUGGGUUCAGGCACCGGUUCGGCAAAUGGUUCGGCUGAGGGUAGGGAGGACACCAACGGCAGGCCGCCUAGAAGGGAUCAGGAUGGCAAAUCUGGACGGUCCACACGACGUGGCAAAGGGAGCUCGAGUGGUAGGUGGUCUACAAUGGUCUCGGGAACAGGCCGUACGAGUAGCGGUACAGAUCAGUCUCAUGUUCAAGGUCAGGGUCAGGACAGUAAGGGUGGUCAGACACCGGGGCAAGCAGCAUUAGCUCCCAGUUGCCGUGUAUGCUCAGGGCAACUGCAGGACGCUUCUCCAGAUGGAGGUGGAGAGCCCGACCACAUCAGGCUUUACAAGCGAGCGAAAACUCAUUUCAACAGUGGGCAGUUAUGGGAUGCCAUUGCAGAUGCGAAGAAGAGUUUCCAGUCUGUCAAGACUGUCAAAGCGCUCUUGCUGCAUGGACGGGCACUAACAAAGGUUGGGAAACAUACGGAGGCUUUGGAGAGCUUGGAGGAGGCAGAGAAGUUGAGUGCAGCGGAACCAGGGGCUCAAGAUGGUAACCAUGGAAUGGCGUUGGUAGCAACUUUGAGAAUGGUAAGGGAAAAGAAAGAGAUGAUGGAGCUAAAGGUGCGCCAAACGGGGUCCACUAUGGGAGUCCAAAGGCGUCUAGCAGAAAUUCUUGCUGCCCUGCAACUGGCUGGAGAAGCGCGACAGGAUGUGCAGAGGGAGGGAGAAUUGGGAUGGACAGUGGCUAUUGCAAAGCUGGAAGUUGCAGACGACAUACUUGGAACGACACCUAUGGAUGUGUGUAACAUUGAACAAGCAUACAUUCGAACAGAGAUUGCGGAGCUGCAGGCCUGGCAGGGCAACAACGAUCUGGCAUUGGAGAGCAUUCGCGAGGGCCUGCAGUUGUUUGCAAAAGGAAAACGAUUCGUGAAGGAUCGUCCGUCAGACCUUGUGCGUUUCGCAAGGAUACCAUAUGUUGCUGCAGCUGUUAUGCAGAGACAGGGAAAGGACCCUGAGGGGGCACUACUGUCUGCCCAAACGGCGAAGGGAAUGCUUGAGAGAGUGAGGGAAGAAAAGAGGGACCGAGAAUGGCACCGCGCACUUGCCAAUGUGUUGGAGCAGAUGGGCCUACUGUAUAUGCAGCUUCGGCAGAUGGAUACUGCCGAACAGAUCCUGGAGAGGGCUGUUGGACUUGUGCGAGAUAAUGAAGGAUCACAAGGGACUGUACAUUUAGUACAGUUGCUCCGGUCGUUGGCCAAAGUUAAGGCUGAGAUUGGACGCCCUGAGGAGGGUCUUGCUUUGUCAAAUGAUGCAGCAAGGUUGGCGAAACACAUACUUGGAUCCGAUAAUCAAUAUUAUGGUCGGGCAUUGUCCUCGAAGGCAAUUAUGCUUGCAAAGCUGGGGAAGUUGAAACAAGCGAUGACAGCUGGCAAAGAAUCACUGAAGGUGCUCCUAAGAACAGUUGGUGAGGAGGACCAGGAUGCGCAAGAGAUCAAGCGGUAUAUUGGUAACCACUUUGAGCCCUUCAUUUCAGAGGCUAAGGAACGGGGCCGAUCGGUGACAACAGGUUCUGUUGACAGCUCGCUGGAUGGGAGCCCGGGGAUCUUGACGAGUAGCGAAGAUGGCGUGGGUGGAGGCAUGGUCAAGUGUUCAAGGUCAUCUUGCCAGGUAAUGAAGGGAAAGAAUGAGGUGAAGCUGUACUGCGGAAGCUGCCGAAUGGCUAUGUACUGUGGGAAAGAGUGUCAGAAAUUGGACUGGAAGGAACAUAAAGUUUAUUGCCAGCGUGGCUCUGCGGAGGUUCAUACGGUUGUGAAUGAUCGGCUGAGGGCCAUGGUUGUUGCUUUUGUAAGCUGGCCAGAUCAUCGAGGCAAAGAUCGGUGGCUUGAACAGGGAAGAGUUGUUAUGUCAGAAGCAAGGGGGUUGAUGAUGGAAAUGGGUGCACAAAUGGGGGAAGUGAAGGAAGAUUCUGGGUCUGGGGGAUUGGAGAGUGUGGGUCGGCUCCAUUGCUGUGAGGCCUCUGCCAGUGUUGGCAAUGCUAGUAACGCGGGAAAUUCAAAGCGAGGGGAUCAACAUCCGUCUGUGAGGAUAACGGCCGAGAUCGCUGGCUGGGCAUUGGCGGUGGAGUUUGAUUCGCGGGCGUUUGACUUGGGCACUGUGAUGAAUCGACUUGCCGCACGGUUAAAACAGCGCACAACUGGGAGGGCAGUGAUGGCAUCCCUGCAGCAUGGAUGCGUGAGGAGAUUGUUCGAAAACCGGGGAUUGGAGAUGGAAGUGAAGACUGGGUACUUAACUCAGCCGUCAGGUGGAGCAUUGGCUGCAGGCUUGCAAGCAUCGCCCCUGGUAUCCUAUUCCUCCCAGCAGCUUUUUGACCUAUUUGGCAAUGCGGCAACACAGUUUGAGGUCUUCGAAAGGGCAGUGCCAUCCGCAAAAGGCACAGCUGCAGCUAAUUCGGGUGGCCGGAAGACGAUUGCAAGGUGCGUGGUGAAAUACUGGGUAAGGAAACACAGUGACUGCACAGCUGGACCGUCGAUCUACUGGAUCUGGGUGAGUCCAGACUUCCGGCAGAAGGGUAUAGGGUCGUGGCUACACCGUGAGGUGGAGCGAUGGGUGGUGGGAACGUGGAACCGGGAAGCAAUGCUCCAGCUUAAGGUUUCAGGAGUGGUAGGCACCGAGGCGAGAGGCUUCUUUGAAAAGAUUGGUUACGAGCUUUGCGGAGAUGGGGACUCUAAAGAGGUGGGUAUCAAGACCUUGUUUGGAUGGGUGGUGUUGGGGUUAGAGAAUGCUGGUGAUGGGGUUGGCAAGGGUGGAUUCGAUGCUUUGCAUCCAAAUGCUGAGUGCGAUGAGGACAGUCUACCUCAGGAGCUGGAGGAAAAGAAGAUGCUGGCAUUGGUACAAUCAUUUUGCAUACAAAACUUACCUGUUGUAUUCCCUUCAGGUUACCGGAAACUGCAUUACGAGAGAGUGGCAGAGAAGGCGAUGGAGGAGGGGCGGUGGUUGCUGGAAAAGGUGGACGGAGUUGAAAGCAGAGAGGGUGUGGGAAAAGCAUGGCGGGAACGGCAAGCAAUCCGUAAGCUGGUAGAGCUUCAACUGAGAGACAUGACAAGACGUGAUGCCGAAGUGGCUAUGGAUGUCCUUGAAGCUGCUAUUAAAGAGGACAUGGCACCUGUUAAUCGGAUGAACUUGCGAUAUCUGAGCAGCCUUGCAGGACUAGUGCGCUACGUGCUCCAUCCAGAAGAUGGCCGUGCACGGAUUCGAGCUCGAGGUCGGUGGUAAGAGGGGCCGGGGUUGGGGGGGGGGGGAGGAUUCUGAAGCAUAGCAAAUCAACCUGGUUGCUGACGUUGCCGUCGUGACAGCCGACAUGCUGCAUGACAAAUAAACCCAGUUGCUGACAUUGCUUUCAUCGCUGCCAACAUGCUUUUUCAUGGCAUGCUGUUAUGUAGGAAGAUGCCAGGACACAUUUCUGGACACUGACAGUUGCCCUUGCAAAUAUAAGAAUCCCGAACAGAAGGGUGAUGUCAUGUGUGGGGGUAGGCCGCUCAGUCACCCAGCCCCUCAUGUAGCUGAACAUGGGAACAGAACACAGAGGUGAGCUAUUUACAAUUUUUUUUCUGUCUUUCCUUUCGUUGCAAGUUUAUGUCACAUCCCUCCCUUCGGUGGGAGAUAUGGCCUCACGAAACACAAAAUUCUUGCUUGGGCAUUGUUUUGCCAUGGGUGUUAUACCUUUUCUUCCUGUACCAUAUGAUCGAUCGCACCGGGUUGCACAAUCAACAGGACUUUGCUGUACCCUUUACAUUGUGCUAGGGUUUGGAUGUGUGCGGUGAGCCAGCCAUUCAAGCUCCCAAGAAGAGUUCACAUCUGGUGAUCUCUUGAGCGGCUGCCAAUCUGCAUGUUGUUGCGGCUUUUGGUAGUUGAUUUUCCUUGCAGACUGCAUCGUCUGUCCAGUAGAGCACACACUGAGGAGAGUGGUAUGUGAGCAUAGUUGCCAUUAGUUGGUCGAUUCGGGUUAGCUAGCAGGUAAGAGCUGAGGCAUGCCCUGGCAUGGGCUUUAGGGGAACCUGGCUAUCUUGGGGUUGGCCACUAGGAUGCAGAUGUCUUUGCAUCUUCGCUUUGGUUUGUUUUUUUGGCUGAUUCACAUAGAGGAUUGUCAGUAGAUAUCGUUUGUUUGCAGUUCUGUUGGCCGUUUAUUCUCAUAUAUAUUUUACUGAGUCUUUUCGAUGGUAAAUAUAUAUAUUGUUUCGUAUAUAUAUAUAUAUAUAUCGUCAGUCGGGUUUGAAUGCCAGCCAGGUCAGGUUGCUGUUCACAGCUAAAGCUUGGUGUUGAUCCUCAUGUAUGUACUCCUGCCGUUCCAGUCAGUGGCAGUUCCGUACCUUGUUGUCCGUGUUCUUGCCAUACUUCCUAGUGGCUGAUCAUUGAAGCUACAGGCUGGCAAGAGAUGCGUGGUUGAUUGUAGAUAUUUGCAUUCAGAAAUGGCAGAGACUCUUCGGCAUUCCGGGCAAAAGCAAAGAAACCGACUGGGGGGAAGGGAGGAGAAGGGGGGGAGUGAGAUUGUGAGGACUGGUGGUAGCUCAUCGUUCCUUUCAUGUAAAUACUGGUAAUUGAGUUGAGCUUUCUGACUUUUGGGUUUGACCUUUAAGCUGUCAAGUUGGGACUUCAGAGCUUGUGCUUUUCAAAUGUUCGAUUUUUUUGCUAAGUUCAUAGCCUGGGAAUUCUACUUCUGGCCUCGUUGAAGCUUUUGGACUUUUUCUAGUCUGCACUUUUUGAGCUUUGAACCAGGCCUUGGAAAUCUACCAAGCUACCAGACUAAUGUUGGCUUUGUGGCAGAGCCUACCAGUGUGAACUCAAAAGGACGGGGCAAGUAGAGCUGAUCACCGUCGUACGAGUAUGCUGUGUCAGGACUGGGGAUCGCUGUUUAAACGGUGGUAUCCGGCGUGGUUUAGACAUCAUUCACGGGCGCCAGCAAUUGUGGCAUAUGCAGGUAUGGAUACCGCACAGACAGAUGUUCACUGCAUCCUUUCUUUUUAUCGUGUUCACCGGAUCCUAAGCGGUCCAUCCGUACAACUCUUUGGCCUGUGACAGUGUUCUCAGGUGUCCAUGUGAAUAUCAGUCUGGGUUCGUUUCAUCUUCAACUUUCAAAGUAAGAUCUCAUGCAGUGGAACAGAUCAAAUUGGUGGAUUGACGAGGUGCCUGUUGGAUGA